AUGGAGGUGCCUAACACCAAGGACUUCCAAUGGAAGCGCCUGGCGCCGCUGCCCAGCCGCCGGGUCUACUGCUCCCUGCUGGAGACCGGCGGCCAGGUCUAUGCCAUCGGAGGCUGGGACGCCCCGUUUGAGGUCUACUCCCCUGAAGCCGACCAGUGGACAGCCCUGCCCCCCCUCCCGACAGCCCGAGCCGGGGUGGCUGUCACGGCGCUGGGGAAGCGGAUCAUGGUGAUCGGGGGUGUGGGCACCAGCCAGCUGCCCCUGAAGGUCGUGGAGAUGUAUAAUAUUGACGAGGGCAAGUGGAAGAAGAGGAGUGUGCUGCGCGAGCCUGCCAUGGGCAUUUCUGUCACGGCCAAAGAUUAUCGGGUGUACGCAGCAGGCGGGAUGGGCCUGGACCUCCGUCCGCACAGCCACCUCCAGCACUACGACAUGCUCAAGGACAUGUGGGUAUCGCUAGCACCCAUGCCCACCCCGAGAUAUGCUGCCACCUCCUUCCUCCGAGGCUCAAAGAUCUACGUACUGGGGGGAAGACAGUCCAAGUACGCGGUCAAUGCCUUUGAGGUCUUCGACAUCGAGACUCGCUCCUGGACCAAGUUCCCCAACAUCCCCUGCAAGCGGGCUUUCUCCAGCUUCGUGACCCUGGACAGCCGCUUGUACAGCCUGGGCGGUCUGCGGCAGGGUCGGCUCUACCGGCAGCCCAAGUUCCUGCGGACCAUGGAUGUGUUCGACAUGGAGCAGGGGGGCUGGUUGAAGAUGGAGCGCUCAUUCUUCCUCAAGAAGCGACGGGCAGACUUUGUGGCUGGGGCCCUGAGUGGACGAGUCAUAGUGGCUGGGGGACUUGGAAACCAGCCCACUGUCCUGGAGACAGCGGAAGCAUUCCACCCCGGCAAGGACAAGUGGGAGGCCCUCCCUGCCAUGCCCACGCCCCGCUGUGCCUGCUCCAGCAUUGUGGUCAAGAACUGCCUCCUGGCCGUGGGCGGUGUCAACCAGGGUCUGAGCGACGCGGUGGAAGCCCUUUGCGUCUUGGACUCCUAGCUGUCCUUGGGCCCAGCACCUUUGGCCCGGACUGUCCCACUCCACUCUCCACCUGAAGGACAGUCUUGUCAAAGUAGUCUGGACUCCUUCCCAGGAGGCCAGCUUCUGCUAGCAGCCAGAGGGUCACAGUCUGGGUCUUGAAGUGACCCACCACCACCUUCAAACCCAGAAAACUGGACAAAGUGCAGAGGACUCCAGCAGCCGAUGGGUGGAGCUGAGCUGUCCCUGGGGAGAGCCCCACUUGCUGCUCAGGCACAGAAAGGCACCGGAAUAUGUCCUGCCUCCCUCCAGGAAGGUCUGCUUCCCCACACUUCAGGAGGUGGGGGGCAAUUCUGACCCCGAGGACGAGCGCUGUUGCUAUCCUUUCCCUGACUCUGAACUGUUGGAGAAUUUCUUGGGAUGAAAAAUGGAGGACCUGGGUGUGGGAGGGGCUUCCAUCUCUUUCCUCUCCUUUGGUCUGCACACCCCAGCCUUUGGUGGCCAGUUGCGGGCCUGCCCUGGACCUCGGCAGGAAUUGCACUGAAGUUGGAGGCCGCUGCCCUGGCAAGGAGGUUGAGCUCAUGCGGACAGUCCAGCCAUCAGCCCUGGCAUGGAGGACUCCUCCUUCCUGGGGUCCUCGCUGGGCGUGUGAUGAGGGGGAAGGAGCAGACUCACAGCCCUGGGUCUGCUCCCCACACCUCCCCAUUCCAGUCUGCCUCCUACCACCCCCUCCUCACCAGAGGCCUGGCCUUUUGUCACUGUAGACCCCCUAGCGUGUUUCUGUGUGAGACCUUCUCAUCUACACUGUGGCAUCAAAUCCACCAAGGAUGGAUUCCUUGCACUCUGGUUAAUUGCAGCAGCACAAUGAUUAAAAUUUAUAUUCCUGUCUCUGCACCCUGCUCUGGGGUGCGAUAGAAGGGUGUCUUGAUGGGUACAGGGACCCCGUGGAAAAAAAUCCCUCCAGCAUCUCAGGCUAAAUAGGGUCCCAAGGACCAUCUGUGCUUGGCUGCUCCCUCUCAAGAGUUCCACCUUCUCACAACCAUUCCAGUCACCCCACUCUGAAAACCAGCAUAUUUUCCUCCUUUGGCGUUGAGACUCCAUGUGUGUGUGAAGAAAAGGUUGCAUUCAUUCAGUUUUCUUCCUCAGAUUACUCGUUCUCAUUCGCUAGCCCCAGCUCAUUCAGCUUAAGCUCAUUUUUGUCUUAUGCAAAGCAGAAAGGGAAUUGCUCACUGACUUAAAAAAAAAAAAAAACAACACUUGAAGAGUGCUCCUUUUCGCUUGUGUGGCACCUCUUUCUGAUUCCCAGUUAUUUUUAAAAGCUGUGCUAGCGCUGUGGAUACAGAGACAAAUCAAACACCUGGCCUGAAGGGUUGUGGAGGAGUAGGUAACACCACUUGACGGCAUUGGUAUUUCUCACGGAGGUGGGAGCAGAGGAGGAUCUACCUGGAUCUGGGAGCUUAGAGGGAACCUCCUGCUGUGUGCGUGUGGGCGUGUGUAGGGGUGACACCUGCAGCUGGAUCUUCAAGGACUAACAAACAUGAGUCUUUAGAGAUAGGGGCUUUUUUUCCCUUCUCUGAGUACUCAGACUUCUUCCUGACUUGGGUCCCAGAAGGGCACUGCCACCUGCUGGCCCAGCAUGUCCUUCCCGCUCAGGGCUAAUGGCAUCCUGUGGCCGCUGGUGCCCCCUAGUGACUAGACAGAAGAAACCGUCCCUACUGCUCUGGAGCCCGCUGGUUCAGUUCAGACCCUGUUACAAAAGAACUGCAGGUGCUGCAGAGCUGAUGAAGGGUGGACCAGCAUGUUCUGGGGAGUGGUUCAAAAGACACCCUGCUAGGGGCUCCUGGUUCCACUUCCAUUUGGCAUUGACCCCUCUCACCCCACCCCCAAUCCCCUACCCAAGACAGAUGUUUAUGCACAGGGUGCCUCCACCCUCUCCAAAUGGAAGCCAAGACUUGUGGGCAGGGAACAUCCUUCCAAGUGCAUAAGUGACCUCAUAUCUGUGGACAGGACUGGGGCGUUUUUUAGGUGGUUGGGACAUUAGGGGUACAGUCAGCUCUGGAAGGUCAGAUGAGACCCCAGGACCUGUGACAACAGUGCAGGGCUGAAGCUGCUCUCUGCUGAGUCACUGGGUCUAGGACUUGAACUGCACA